AUGGCCGCUCAACUCUACAAAACUGACAGCGGUCGACUCUUUCAUGCAGGUGCCAUUGCCAUUGUGACCGUAGGGCUUCCUGCACGAGGCAAAACACAUGUAUCAAGAUCAUUAUGUCGCUAUUUGCGAUGGCUUGGGGUAGCCACUCAAGUAUUCAGUGUGGGCAACUAUCGGCGUGAACGGCUUGGUUCCGUGGUGUCCAAGGCCAUGUUUGAUCCUGACAACGAAGAAGCUGUCGCAAAGCGUGUUGCUAUUGCCAACGAAUGUCUUGAGGAUAUGAUAUCGUGGUUACAAACGGGUGGUGGGCAAGUCGGCAUUUACGAUGGCAACAACGUAACGGUCGCCAGGCGUGAGGAAAUUUCGAAACGGCUGUUGGCACAAGGAAUUCAUCCUUUGUUCAUUGAAUCAUUGUGCGACAAACCAGAGAUUGUAUUCGCCAACAUCAAGAGCGUCAAAGUAUCAUCACCAGAUUAUUAUGGAUGGGAACCAGAGGCAGCCGUGGAGGAUUAUGAGAAUCGAAUCAAGGAACAUGAAGCGUAUUAUGAGACGAUCAAUGAUGUUUCAAUGCCAUUUGUCAAGCUGAUCAAUGUGGGCGAGCAUUUGGUGGUCAAUCGUGUCCAAGGCUAUUUGCAGUCGCGUAUCGUUUAUUACUUGAUGAAUCUACACAAUCGACCACGACUCAUCUUUUUCGCUCGCUCUGGAAUGUCUUUCAACGAUCGAUCUUACAAAGUGGAUGCCGAAUUGUCACCAGAAGGAUGGGAAUAUGCAGAAAAGCUCAAAAGGUUCAUCAUUGAUUACCGAAGCCACAAGGAAUCACCUGAAAGCAAAAGCGCGGAUGAGGAGCGAUCAUUGAGUGUCUGGACAAGUACACAAAAGAAAAGCAGGCAAACAGCAAGCGUGUUCUCGGAGGAAAAUGUUGCCGUGCGUCAAUAUUCCAUGCUCAAUCAACUUAAUCCAGGCGAGGUGGAUGGGCUAACACCCGAGGAAAUCAAGCAACGUUAUCCCGAAGAAAUGAUGCGGGCCAAAGAGGAUCCUUACCGACAUCGAUUUUCCAGAGCGGAGUCAUACCACGAUUUGGCUGUGCGUCUUGAAGCUAUCAUUAUGGAACUUGAACGCGAGAAAAAUGAUGUUUUGAUCAUUGCCCAUGAGACGGUGCUUCGAUGCCUCUAUGCCUAUCUGUUUGAUCGCCCUGAAAGUCAAAUACCACAAAUAAGCAUCCGCCGUGGAACAGUGAUAGUUGUUACGCCGUCAGCAUACGGGUGCAAGGAGGCCCGACUCGACAUCCAAGGCUGA